AACUACUUAGCUUGGCGCCAUCACCAACGUCGUUCGAACAGCAUUCAAGCUUUAACAAGCCCAAACCUUUCACUUCGAUUGUUAUUUCGAGAAUGCGAUCUCAUUUGCAAGGGAGGAUUCACUAUUAACUUUCUAGAAUCUGCGUCAAAACGAUCAGCGGUGUAUCCACAGCGACCGACUUUCGGACAAUUGGGAGAAAUCCAUCAUGUCAAAGAGUGGGAAGACGGCCCCUACAAAUGACGAGCUGCUUGCUCAGUUCGAUGACCUUGGUGUCGAUGAUGGAGCAACCCAAGCAGCGGGAGGGACGCAAGAAAAGUCAGAGCAAGACCUAUUAGCUGAACUUCAGGACCUUGCUUCUCAAAGACCUCCAACACCCCGAACUUCCUCCACUUUAAACAAAUCUCCUAAACCAACCUCUGCGACAACCCCGCCUUCGGGCAGGCUCAGUGACGAUAAAAUGCCACCUAGAAAAUCAGGAGAUAGCUCCCGAGCAUAUCACACAAGCAUAACCCCUCCGGAAACAACUUCGUCAGAUGCUGGGGAUACUCCAACAUCGGAGGAAGCAGGCAAGACCGGAGGCGGCGGUGGCGGCGGCUGGUGGGGUGGAAUUUUUGCUACUGCUUCAGCUGCUGUGAAACAGGCAGAGGCUGCCGUAAAGGAGAUUCAGAAAAACGAGGAAGCUCAAAAAUGGGCUGAUCAGGUUAGAGGCAAUGUUGGAGUUCUUCGAGGUCUUGCCAUCCCGACGUUUACCUCCCUCCUCCAUACUCUAGCUCCUCCUAUUUCCUCUCAUGAACGCCUCCAAAUCCACAUCACACAUGACCUCUCGGGCUAUCCUUCGCUGGAUCCUUUGAUUUAUUCAGUCUUCUCUCGAGUAAUGUCCCAGGUCGAAGGAGGAGAUCUCCUCGUCAUCCAACGCGGUCGGGAAGCCGCACCCAGACGUGGCUCGGAUGCUCACGUAGGUCACAGCUCAUCGGCUGGCUGGAACGAUGGCCCGUGGUGGCGUACGGUAUCUGUCGGGAAACCACGAUCUAUAUCGGCCAUCAAGGGUGCAGUAGCCGGUACAAAACUUGUCCGAGCAAGUGCAGAAGCAUAUGCAACGGAAUACUUUUCUACAAGAGGUGGCGUUGAGGAAGCCGCCAAACAAGCAUCCGAGAUACUAUCGGAGUCCAAUCCCGUCCGUAGCAGUGACAUUUUCCUUGCCAUCCAAGCGAUUUCCCAACCUACACCACCAGAGCUUUUCCAAGCAGGCCCCAGUGGAGACACAGAAAAACCAGCUCAAGGUAUAGUGGAGGUAAAGGAAGAUAUUGAAGAGGAAGUCUUCUUUGCACUUUAUCUUCAUGAUCCCAUUCACGGCAUUGCUUUUCAUGCCGUUACGCAAGCCGUUCCACAGAAAUGGAUUGACUGGCUUGAUGCCGCCCCCCCUUCACCACCUAAUCCAGACAACCCUGACGACUUUGUCCAUUCUACCAUGCCGGACGCGAUUGCAGAAAUCAUCGAGAGCGGCGGCGUUGACCCGCGCGAAUGGGUUUCAGAAUGGAUUGAGGAGGCUUUAACUCUUGGUGUUGGCGUUGUUGCACAGCGGUAUGUCGCACGGAGAAUGGGAGUUGGCGAAGGUGGUGUAGGUCGAGGAAAGAUGAAGGCAGAACAAGCCACCGCGGUGGAAAGCGGUGCCGGAGAAGCAGCUAGAGCGCUAUAAAUUCCUUUGUAAUUACUGCCCCUACAUCUUUUAACUAAGUAGUGUAUGUACUUUCCUAUUGUAGCUAGUGGAGUCGGUGCUGUUCUUCUGUUUUUCGUGUUCCAUUUUAUUUCACUUGGCUGGGUUUUGCUGGGUUGACUGUGAACAGAUGCUGGAAAUGGUACGGUACUAGAUUGAUGAAUCCAUUAGCCGUUUUUGCCUUUCCAUCUUCCUCUAACGCCCAUCGUUCGUUUUAUUCUAUUUACCCAAUAUAAGGGAUGAACAAUCGCCCCUCCCCUUGGCCCUUCCUCCCCGACGGCAACUAAACUAUACCCACGCCAUAAUUCUGAUCUCGGUCACCUAGCCGACCUGGAAGGUACAGGGCAAAUCCCAGAAGGAAGGAUUUCCAGAGAACAGCAAUCUCGAUCUCUUCAGAGAUUCGAUUUUUGCCAUCUUUUUUUAUCGGUCAACCAGGAUCGGAUCCUACAUUUGGGCAGACUCCCACACACCUUCUUCACCCUAUUCUAAGCCAGCUACGCCAUCUUCACCAUUAGAAUCGCUAUUUCCAAUAAUACAGUUAUAUGACUCUAAAGUAUUCGUGAGGAGGCACAUUGGGCGAUUAGGCAUGGCACCAGAGAAUGCCAAACUUGACCGCUCAAGAUUCCAGCAAGAUUUGCUUUGGUCUAUGAUAGCUAUUACAUUGGCAUUGUCUUGGCCAGUUCCCCCCAGCCCACUCCCGUCCCUCCCUUAACGGCUGGAUUUUGAAUACAUGAGCAACUUGGUUAGGGAAGGGGUAAUAGAAUGUUAAGAAAUAUGACCUCAAUUCUAGGACACACGAAAUCUAUGGAUGCUUCCUUAGCAGUUACAUAGCCGUGGAAUAUCGGGGUGCGUGAAAAAUGAUAGUUAUGGAAAGAGAGCUGAUAAGUAUUAUUAAGAGGGAAGGUGAUAAUAUGAGUUCCGCUCCUUUCUAUCCCUUUUGUAAAAAGAUUUGCAUGCCCACCCGCGCGCCGCGCCCCGCUCGCUCCCCACCAAACAACCAGAUAUAGUACCGCGUUUUGCGAUGUAAUUUUUGUGUUCAAAGCGUAAACUCGCCCGAGAAUCCAGAUACAUGGCUGAAAUUCGCUGCAAGGGGAGUGACACUAUGUUCCCAUAUUGUGUUAGGCGUUAG